UUCUUCUCUCUCUCUCUCUCUCUCUCUCUCUCUCUCAUCUUCUCCUGCUCAGCGAUUGUCCACUUUUGGUCAUCGUCACGAGACGAGGCGGUGACGCAGAAAACGAAGGGAAUCCAGGGUCUUUUGAUUUCAAGUUCAUCUGUAUUUGGAUUACGUAUGUUAUUUAUAUAUAAUUGUUUUUGGGAUUUCUGAUCUGAAUCGAAUAAGCGGAUCCACGAAUAUUCAAUCCUUCUGCGUAAGCUUCCAAUCUCUCGCCCCUCUUUUGAUUUCAAUCCUGCGAAAAAAGGACUGUUUUUGAGCUGUUUCUCACAUGGCUUCCCCUGGAAAUCUGAAUCAACAAGGAGGUGAUGGUAGUGGUGGAGGAGGCUUUGAUGUGAAUAAGCUCUUCAAGCCCUCCUCUGGGCCUAUGAUACCACCGCAGCCACAAUCUUCAACUCCGAACUCAACCAAUCUCACAACUUCUCCUUCCUUUCCUCCUUCUUCUCCCUCUUUUCUCACUCCAUCGUCCUCUUAUCCUCCUCCCACCGGGCCCUACCCGUAUCAGCAACACCUGCACCCCCACUACCUUCCUCCGUAUCAACCUUCUCCGAUUCAACAACAGCACCUAAACCCUAGACCCAUGUCUACUUUUCCUGCUAUCCCUACUGCUCCUCCCUCUCCUGGCCCUAACCCCAGUCCUGGUGUGCCUAACUUAAUGGCCUUCUUCUCCAAUCAGAACCAACAACCUGAUUUCCUCCAGCCUACCUUACCUUUCUCCUCACCCUCAACUCCUCCCCCUUCUUCUUCCACUUCUUCGGAUUUUCCAAUCUCUUCUGCUCCCCCGAUUUCUCAUCAGCAGCUGCACCUUCACCAGCCUACCCCCAUGAGGAUGCAGAGCAGCAAACUUCCAAAGGGGAGGCAUUUGAUUGGUGACCGUGUGUUGUAUGAUAUUGACGUUAGAAUGGAAGGGGAAGCGCAGCCCCAGCUUGAAGUCACUCCCAUAACCAAGUAUAACUCCGAUCCGGGCCUUGUUAUCGGCCGCCAAAUUGCUGUUAACAGGAGCUAUAUUUGCUAUGGACUUAAGCCUGGAGCUAUCAGAAUUCUCAAUAUCAACACUGCCUUGAGAUCCUUGCUUCGAGGCCAUACCCAGAGAGUAACAGAUAUGGCUUUCUUCGCGGAGGAUGUUCACCUUUUGGCAAGUGCAAGUAUUGAUGGGCGGGUGUUCAUUUGGAAAAUCAAUGAAGGCCCAGAUGUAGAAGACAAGCCCCAGAUUCUUGGUACGGCUGCUCUUGCCCUGAAGAUCAUAGUUGAGGGAGAAUCAGUCCAUCCUCGAGUUUGUUGGCAUCCUCAUAAACAAGAAAUCUUGAUGGUUGCCAUGGGAAAUCGUAUAUUGAAGAUUGACACCCUAAAAGUUGGAAAAGGUGAAGCAUUUUCAGCCGAGGAACCUCUUAAUUGUCCCAUUCAUAAGCUGAUAAAUGGGGUCCAGCUUGUUGGUAAACAUGAUGGUGAAGUCACUGAUUUGUCAAUGUGCCAAUGGAUGACAACCCGUUCAGCUUCAGCUUCAACAGAUGGCACGGUAAAGAUUUGGGAAGAUCGUAAGGCAGUGCCCUUGGCAGUCUUGAGACCACAUGAUGGCCAUCCUGUAAACUCUGUGACGUUCUUAACUGCUUCUCACCGCCCCGACCAUAUUGUUCUCAUCACAGGGGGGUCAUUGAAUCGGGAAAUGAAGAUAUGGACCUCCACUAGUGAGGAGGGUUGGCUGUUGCCUAGUGAUACUGAAUCAUGGCAGUGCAGUCAAACACUGGAAUUGAAGAGUUCUGCUGAAACCAAUGCCGAGAAUGCGUUCUUUAAUCAAGUUGUGACAUUGCCCCGUGCAGGACUGCUUCUACUGGCUAACGCCAAGAAAAAUGCCAUAUAUGCUGUGCAUAUAGAUUAUGGGCCAUAUCCAGCUGCAACUCGCAUGGAUUAUGUAGCCGAAUUCACAGUCACAAUGCCCAUUCUGAGUCUUACUGGAACAAGUGAUAGCAUGCCGAAUGGAGAACAUAUUGUACAGGUGUACUGUGUUCAAACACAGGCUAUUCAGCAGUAUGCGUUGGACUUGUCUCAGUGCCUGCCACCACCUUUGGACAACAUGGAGUUAGAUAAAACAGAAUCUAAUGUUUCUCGCGCUCUUGAUUCUGUUGGUUCUGAUCGAUCUGCUACUUUGGAUGCAUCUCAUGGAAAUCAAACCACUGACAUGUCUGUCGGUACUCGAACUGUCCAACCAAAUCUGGCAGGCAGCUAUGAAAGUGCUCCAAUAGCUAGCCAUCCGGAAGCCUCACUUUCUGGUGAGGUUAGAAGUUUCUUGGAUAUUGCUACAAAAAGUAUGGAAAGGAAAUCAAAAACUUCACCAUCUCAGAAUAGUGCUGAAAAUAUCCAGACUGUUGCAUCCGCUGUUCCUUUGAGUCCAAGGUUAUCAGGCAAGUCAUCUGGUUUAAGAAGUCCAUCGAAUAACAUUGAGCCCAGUCCAUUGCUCAACGAUCAUAAUGGUGACCAGCCUGUUCCUAAUUAUUCAGUUAACCGCGAAAGUGAUACUGUUAAAGAAAAUGCGGCAGAUGUGCCUUCCUUAGUUGACAAUCUAAUGAAAGAUGAUAAGAAUGUAGCACAAAAUGAUAUCUUGAUGGGUUCUGAACCUCCUAUAACAUUUAAAAACCUUACACACUUGGUAACUCCAUCAGAGAUAUUAUCCAGGGCUCCCUCACCAUCUGAGAGUUCUCAAAUGAGUCAAGGCAUGAACAAGGAGGAGACGAAAAUUCAAGAUGUGGUUGUCAACAAAGAUGCAGAAAAUGCUGAGGUUGAGGUAAAAGUUGUUGGAGAGACGGGAGCCACUCCAAUUAAUGAUCGUGAGUCUUCCAGAGAGUCUCAUAUUAAUGUUGGGGAGAAAAAGGAGAAAUCCUUCUACUCUCAGGCCUCAGAUCUUAGCAUUCAGAUGGUCAGAGAUUGUUGUGUUGAAAAUUAUAUUGUGGGGGGCUCACAACAGUCUAAUGAUGGUGGUGUCACUCAAGCACCAGAGAGGCCAUCCGACAAUGGUGAGGAGGAAGACCGAGAUAUAGCAAAAGAUGUUCCAGAAAAUAUUGGAGAGUCUGAAAAUCAAAUGGCAGUUCCACAGUCCACAGCCCUGGCUACAAAGGGGAAAAGGCAGAAGGGAAAAGGUUCUCAAGUAUCUGGUCCAUCUUCCAGUUCCCCAAGUCCUUUCAACUCUACAGAUUCAUCAAAUGAACCAGGUUGUAGUACUGGUACCCAAUCCGGUGAUGCUGCUAUGCCACAGUUAUUGGCGAUGCAAAAUAUGCUUGAUCAGUUGGUAAACAUGCAAAAGGAAAUGCAGAAACAGAUGAAUACGAUGGUUUCUGUCCCAGUGAACAAAGAAGGUAAACGACUAGAAGCAUCUCUGGGCCGUAGUGUAGAGAAAGUUGUCAAAGCCAAUGCUGAUGCAUUGUGGGCUCGCUUUCAAGAAGAUAAUGCAAAACAUGAGAAGUUAGAGCGAGACCGUACACAACAGAUAAUAAAUUUGAUUACCAAUUCCAUAAACAAGGACUUGCCAGCCACUUUUGAGAGAACUUUGAAGAAAGAAUUAGCUUCAGUCGGGCCUGCUGUUUCUCGGGCUAUUACUCCAUCUCUGGAGAAAUGCGUAAAUACAGCUAUUACAGAGUCAUUCCAGAAAGGAGUGGGAGAGAAGGCAGUCAAUCAACUAGAGAAAUCAGUUAAUGCAAAACUUGAAGCUACAGUUGCCAGGCAACUCCAAGUGCAGUUUCAAACCUCUGGCAAGCAAGCUCUUCAGGAUGCAUUUAGGUCUAACUUGGAAGCUUCGAUUAUUCCUGCAUUUGAGAUGUCAUGUAAAACUAUGUUUGAGCAAGUCGAUGCAACAUUUCAAACAGGACUUACAAAAUAUGUAACUGCUGCUGCGCAGCAGUUUGAGUCCUUGCACUCUCCCUUGGCCAUGACUUUGAGGGAGGCCAUCAGUUCAGCAUCAUCCAUAACUCGGACCUUGAGUGGAGACUUGGCUGAUGGUCAACGUAAGCUGUUAGCUAUUGCUGCUGCAGGUGCAAACUCAAAAGCAGGAAAUCCCCUGGUAACUCAAUUGAGUAAUGGCCCACUGGCUAGUCUACAUGGGAUGGUUGAGGCACCUGUGGAUCCAACAACAGAACUAUCUAGGCUGAUAGCCGAACGUAAAUACGAGGAGGCAUUUACUCAAGCCUUGCACAGAAGUGAUGUCUCAAUAGUUUCGUGGUUAUGUUCUAAGGUCGAUAUGCAGGGGAUUUUGGCCAUGAAACCAAUCCCUCUAAGCCAAGGAGUUUUGCUGUCCCUACUCCAGCAACUGUCUUGUGAUAUAAGCAAGGAAACACCUAAAAAGCUGGAAUGGAUGUAUGAUGUAACUUUUGCCAUAAACCCUGCAGAUCCACUUAUAGCGAGGCACGUACUUGCCAUUCUUGAUCAGGUUUCUAAGGCAUUGAAUAAUCACUUGAGCCUGCCUACAAACUCUCAUUCUGAUAUCACCUGCAUCCGCCUUCUCAUGCGUGCCAUAGCUGAUAUUCUAAAGCAGCUGUAAAUGAUUGUUCCUUUUUUUGUCUGUUCAUGUGCAAAUAUGCAAGCAAGAAACUUUUGGUUUGUACUUUCUAUAGAAUUCUAGGAAGUCCAGAGAACUGGUAAUGUUACGUGUUUGUUUGAAAUUGUUCUUAUGUUAGUGGAAUUCUUGUCUGAUUGACA